CGGGAGCGGCGGCGGCGGCGGCGGUGGCGGCGGUGGUGGAGGAGGUGGGCACAUCGCGUCAGACCUUCAAGUACUUUGUUUGUGCCAAAUCAUUACCACUUGCCACAUGAGUCUAAAUCAUGACGGAUGCCAAGUAUGUCCUCUGCAAAUGGAAAGAGCGAUUAUGGCCUGCAAAGGUCUUGGCCGGAACUGAGAAAUCAGCAAAAAAUAAGAGAAAAAAGAAUAUUUUCCUAAACGUUCAGAUACUCUCCUUAGACAAAAAGUUAAGUGUUGUGUUUUUGUUUUGUUUUUUUGUCUUUUUAGGGUUGUACCUGCGGCAUAUGGAAUUUCCCAGGCUAGGGGUCGAAUCAGAGCUGCAGCUGCCCAUCUACACCAUAGCCACAGCAACUCGGAAUCCAAGCUGCGUCUGCGACCUACACCACAGCUCAGGGCAACCCCAGAUCCUUAGCUCACUGAGUGAGGCCAGGGAUCAAACCAGAGUCCUAAUGGAUAUUGGUUGGGUUUGGGUUCCUUAACUGCUGAAUCACGAUGGGAACUCCCUCAUGUUGUGUUUUUGUAAUACUGUAUAUUUUUUUUCCAUGUGGGAUUUCUGAUACCACCCCCCCACACACCCACUUCCAAAAAAAAAAAGGGAAGUUUUCUUUUAAGGGCUUCUUAUCCCUUUAGUUCCUGGAAGUGCUAAUAACAGCCGUAAGAGGAAAACUGGUUUUAUUUCACAUAUGUUUGAGAAAUUGAAGAUCUUUGCAAGGUAUUGUGUGUGAUCUACAGAGAGAUCAGUAUAAAAGCGGAGUAAAUACAGGAGCUCCCUGGUGGCUCAGCGGGUGAAGGAUCUGGCGUUGUCAAUGCUGUGGCACAGGUUUUUGCCCUGGCCCUGGCCCUCCCCCCCCCAAAAAAAUGGCGUAAAUAUAAAUUAUAUACUAGGUGAAUGGUUGCUGGGGUUCAGGUGGGGAUGUUUCCUUCCCACAGAUUUAUUUCUGUUUCUUUUUUCCAGAAACUAGUGUGACAGCCCCAUGAGUCUUGGAAUGUUUGAUGUUUGAGCCUGUCCUUCUAACAGGAAGCUGUCCUUUAGCAUUCAGACAGCAAAUGCGUGGGCAUGGGUGUGGGGUAGCUUUAUAUUGUGAUCUGGGUUGUCCUUCACUUGAAGGACAUAGGUCACCAGGCACCACUGGAAUGCCCAGGUCCUGUGUGACUACUGAAAAUUCCCAGUUCUAAAUGAAGAAUAAAACCUGGUCAGCUCCCCUUCCAGCUUCCCUGCGUCCCCAUCCCUCUCUCUGCAGAGCUGCUUGCUUGGACGCCUGCUUAGUCCUCAGCUCACACUUUCCCUGAGGCUGGGAAGGUAAUUGAAUACUCGAGUUUAAAAGGAAAGCACAUCCUUUUAAACUAAAACACACCUGCUGGGCUGUAAACAGCUUCUAGUGACAUUAUCAUCUACUCUGAAAAUGUAACAAAGGAGUUAUUUGUGCAGUUGAAAGUGGGAUUUGCCUCAUAAGAGUCACAAUUUGAAUUCAUUUUUACUCUAAAAUCCAGCCAACCUUUUUUUGUCUUAAAAGGGGAAGGGGAAAAAAAAUAAAACCCUCCACAUUCACCAGAGUCCUUGCUGCCUCUAACCUCAGGCGUGCGAAUUCCUUGUUGGCUGUGACUUUUGGUUUAAGUGUAAGGGUGUGGAGGAAGAAAAUGAAUCUCAUUCUUUUGUCAUCUCCAGAAAAACAAGUUUGAAAACAUCUUGAUGGCGUCUAACGGCCGUUUCUGUCCCUGCAGAAUUAAGGUAAUGAACAAGAGGGCCAAGAUCCUGGAGAAGUCUCACAUUGAAAGCAUUGCCUCCUCUUUAGCCUCUGAGAGCGCAGUGCUGGCCGCACCCCUAGAGGAGCUGGCCUACCGGCGCGCACUUCGAGUGGCCCUGGACGUGCUGAAUGAGAGGAGCUAUUUGCAGGAAGAAAGCACUUCGAGGGAAGAAAGGGCCACUGUGUCUCCGAGUGAGAAGCCUGCGGAACCAGCCCCUUCACCCUACGGCCCCAGCCCCACACCUUCGCUGCUCGAGGAUGCAUUGGGCUGUCGCAGAGCCCAGAGGAGGGAGCGCCUGCACCAGAGGCUCUCGGGGCCGACUCCUCUUGAGAAGGACCCCACAUGCCAAGUGGACCACAAGGACGGGCUUGGGCGCGGUGGAUGCCCACCUGCCCCCGCACUCUCCUCAGCUGACGGUGGACCCAGAAGAUCCCGGGAGAACUGGACGACCCCAAGUAAAAGGGGUAGAAGCCCAGCCCAGGAGGCCAGCUUCAGUCAGAACAGGCUUCUGGUAUCAGAGGAGAACAAGGCCCUGUGUUCACCUCCCAGAGCUGGGGAGGAGGGUACCCUGGGCAGCCCUGCCACGCUUCUGUCCCCGGGACCUGUGGCCUACCCUCAUGCCCGAAGCCCAGAUACCCGCAGCCCAGAUGGCAGCACUGUUCGGCUGGGCCCCGCAGAGGACUUUGGAAACGACCAUCUCCUGGACGAAGAACCGCGUUCAUUUGAAGUAGGAAUGUUAGUCUGGCUUAAAUACCAAAAAUACCCAUUCUGGCCUGCCGUGGUCAAGAGUGUCAGGCGAAGGGAUAAGAAAGCAAGCGUGCUUUUUAUUGAAGGAAACAUGAACCCCAAAGGGAGAGGCAUCACGGUGUCUCUUAGACGGCUGAAGCAUUUUGAUUGUAAGGAGAAGCAGGCGUUUCUGGACGAGGCCAAGGAAGACUUUGGUCAGGCCAUCGGCUGGUGCGUCUCGCUCAUCACCGACUACAGGGUCCGGCUCGGCUGUGGUUCUUUCACCGGCUCUUUUCUGGAAUAUUAUGCAGCUGACAUAAGCUACCCUGUCCGCAAGUCAAUCCAGCAGGACGUCCAGGGGACCAGGUUCCCCCAGCUGAGCAGGGGGGACCUGGAGGAGCCCACAGUGGGGGGCCCGAAGGGCAGGAGGCAGGCCUGCAGGAAGGUCCUCCCUGACCGUUCGAGGGCCGCCCGGGACCGUGCCAACCAGAGGCUGGUGGAAUACAUCGUGAAGGCCAGGGGUGCUGAGGGCCACCUUCGGGACAUCCUGAAGAACAGGAGGCCAUCCAGGUGGCUGAAGACCUUCCUGAGCUCGGGGCAACAUGUGACCUGCGUGGAGACUUACCUGGAGGAUGAUGAGCAGCUGGACCUGGUGGUGAAGUACCUGCAGGGGCUGUGCCAGGAGGCGGGCAACAGAGCUCUGGCACACACGGGUGCCGACAGGAUCCGCUUUGUCCUGGAUGUCCUCCUGCCCGAGGCCAUCAUCUGCGCGAUUUCUGCCGUGGACUCAGUGGACUACAAGACAGCCGAGGAGAAGUACAUCCGAGGACCUUCCCUCAGCUACCGGGAAAAAGAAAUAUUUGAUAACCAGCUCCUGGAAGAAAGGAACCGUCGGUGCUGAGGCCGGAGGAAGCUGUGUUUUGCCCCAGAGCUCUGGGGCAGGCGGGGCUCUGCCUCCGUCUGACUGCGGCUUCUCCUUUCCUGGCUCUUGUGGAAGGUACAGGUCCUAAAAGGUUUUUAAAGGACGAAAAUGAAUUUCUUGUGUGUGUGCUUAACAUCAUUACCUGUGACUGUACUCUAGGUUCAUUGAAGGUGCACAUUUGUUCUUUAUGUUAAAAAGCAUCGUAUCUGACAUUAAAGAGGAGCUUUAAAGACUCUAAUACAAAUGUACAGCCCCUGGCACAUCAAUGUAUUUUUCCAUUUGUUUCCCUCUUUUGUGUGAUUGCUCCUAAGAGGACUCCUAAGUUUGUUGUGCCUCUAUUUUGUUUUUGAGAAAAACCCAUGUUUGAGAGAGGCAGGACCAGAGACCAGCUGCUUUCCGGUGUUCUGGCCUCUGCUGGGAUUGCCGUGCAGGAGACCAAAUGGACCAUGAUUCUUACUGGCGUCUUUCUGCUCACUCUGCGUGGGUCAGCACCCAGCCAGCUGGAGCUGUGACACCUGUGUGUGCAGCCUGGGACACAAGCUCACACCCUGGGCCUAGCACCUGCAGAAAUGAGCCCUUUGUCUGGAGGCUCGAAGCACAAGAUGGGUUCCCCUGAUGCCCCAGGGUCCCAGGCUCAGGGCCCUGCCUUUGGAGACAGUUGUGUGCAGGCCUGGGCCCCGACGUGGUUACAGAAGUCCCGUUUUGGCCAGAGCCACCCACAGUGGGUUAUUUUUCCUAAGCUGAUGGGAGGUUUCAUGCAGAAGGAAUCAGGGACGUGAGUUGUGAGCCCUGCCCCAUCCUCCUCCUCCUGGCUACACUGCUGCCCCACCGCCAGGGCUGCACCCCACGUCUAAGGAGAGACUGGCCUCCCUGAAGUCCGCACCUGACAGUUGGAGCGAGGGUCUCGUGGGAGGCACAAGGGCAUGUGCCCUGAAUAGAGACUGGCGUCUGAGCCUGAACGCCUUGAGUUGGAGGGCCGGGAAGGCGUGUGACAUCGCUCUUGGUUUCACUUAAACCUAAAUAGAGAUGUCGACACGCUGGCCCAGCGGUCCUGCUGAGGUGUUCCUCCCAGGGUGGCCUGAAAGGCGUCCUUUCUGGGCUGAGCUUGGGAGGAUGGCCCUACUGGCAUCACCACCAUGGCCUUGCACCCUUCUAGAAAGGUCCACCAACAGUGAGCCUCCUUGAAAUGGGUCAGGACAGAGAGCAAGAUGCUCUUGUGGGCCAGGGGUCUGCGUGGGAAUAGUCUCUUAUUGUAAAGUAUUUUUAUAUAUCUGUGUCCUAAGCUCUGGUUGUGGAAUUGAACUUUUCAGACUGGAAUUAAAUGCUGUUUUGCA